ACUGCACACUGCUCUCUCUCAACUCACUGCCCCCAGAAAGCCUCAGGCAAACAGGUCUGCCUCCCCCUUUUACUGAUGUCUGAAUCCAGGACCUUGGCUUCUCUCCAUCUUCCACAGGAGACUGUAGAACUUCUUUCCUUCUGCCAGCUUUGACUAGCACCAUCUGCACUGGGUAACUUUUGCGCAGACAAUUGCUGAUUCUUGUUUGCUUCGAAAGAGAGAGAAGCUAACUGAGGUGAGGCCAAGAGUUUCCUGUUCCUUGGAUAUAGUAAUCAUCGUGGAGGCACAAUUUAAAAAUAAACCAGCCCAGCAGGAUGGAUUUUGGAAGCGUAAUGAACCAGAGUAAAUGCAGACAUGAUGUGGAGGAGGGCUUCUGUUCUGGAAUCAUCAGCAAAGCAGAAUUUCUCUUCUUGGCAAUGGUGAUAUGAGCCAGAAGGACUUUUGGAUGGCUUUGUGUCCCAGGAGAAUAGACUAGCUGCCACACCUUGCAUGCCUUCAGGCAAUCAUGAGCUGCCAUCCACUGAGGAGAGUCCUGCGAGGCAUGUAGACACCCCGGUGUCCUCAAAAUCCCCCAAAAUUGUGCAGUCACACCGUAAGCCCUCAAGGAGCUUGAGCCUCAAUCAGGCCAUGGAGGAUUCUUGUGAACUAGACCUGGUCUAUGUCACAGAGAGAAUAAUUGCUGUCAACUUUGCAAGUUCUUCAGAAGAGCAAACCUUCCGCAGCAACCUGAAGGAAGUGGCACAGAUGCUAAAAUCCAAGCAUGGGGACAGUUACCUGCUUUUUAACCUGUCGGAAAGGAGGAAUGACAUCAGCAAGCUCCACUCCAAGGUGUUGGAUUUUGGAUGGCCUGACUUCCACACACCUGCCUUGGAAAAAAUAUGCAGCAUCUGUAAAGCAAUGGAUACGUGGCUCAAUGCUGAUUCUCACAACGUUGUGGUCCUCCACAAUAAGGGGAACAGAGGCCGAAUGGGGGUUGUUAUAGCUGCAUACAUGCACUACAGCAACAUUUCAGCCAGUGCAGACCAGGCUCUCGAUAGGUUUGCCAUGAAAAGGUUCUAUGAAGACAAGGUGAUUCCAGUGGGACAGCCAUCGCAGAAGAGAUACGUCCAUUACUUCAGCGGUCUGCUCUCUGGCACUAUCAAAAUGAAUAACAAGCCCCUUUUCCUGCACCAUGUCAUCAUGCACGGAAUUCCCAACUUUGAGUCUAAAGGAGGAUGCCGGCCCUUCCUCAAAAUAUACCAGGCUAUGCAGCCUGUCUACACAUCUGGAAUCUACAACGUACAGGGAGACAGCCAGACAAGCAUCUGCAUCACUAUAGAGCCUGGACUGCUCCUGAAGGGAGAUAUCUUGCUGAAGUGUUACCACAAAAAGUUCCGUAGCCCAACUCGGGAUGUGAUCUUCCGAGUGCAGUUUCACACUUGUGCCAUUCAUGACCUGGCCAUUGUCUUCAACAAGGAGGACUUAGAUGAUGCUUUUAAAGAUGAGCGUUUUCCAGAGUAUGGGAAAGUGGAGUUUGUGUUUUCCUAUGGUCCAGAAAAGAUUCAAGGCAUGGAACACCUUGAGAAUGGCCCUAGUGUUUCUGUAGACUACAACACCUCAGAUCCACUAAUCCGCUGGGACUCUUAUGAAAACUUCAACAUGCGUCAUGAAGAUAGCUUGGAGGAGGUUGGGCACACCCAAGGGCCUCUGGAUGGGAGCCUCUAUGCUAAGGUGAAGAAGAAAGACUCACUCCACGGUAGCACCGGCACUGUCAACACCAAUCGCAUUACACUUUCAGCAGCCCCAAAUCACAUUGAGCACACACUCUCCGUCAGCAGUGAUUCAGGCAACUCUACUGCUUCCACCAAGACUGAUAAAACUGAUGAACAGGCAGUCCCUGCAGUCCCUGGCAGCAGUGGAGGAAACAAUCCUAUACUGACCCCUGAGGAGAAGCGGGAGCUUGAGAGCUUGCUCAGUGGCUUUGGGUUGGAAAGUGAAGCAACCAUGCAUAACCACAACCCCAAGGGAACAGCAGUAGUGGCCUCCACUGUAUCCGGACGCCAUGUUGUACCUGCUCAGGUGCAUGUUAAUGGGGAAGCUGCAAGAUUGGUAGCUGAGAGGGAAACGGACAUUUUGGAUGAUGAGUUGCCCAACCAGGAUGGACACAGUGUGGGCAGUCUAGGAACCCUCUCAUCUUUUGAUGGCACCACCAACACUAGUGACAUGGGCUAUCAUGAGGCCCCCCGGAUGGAGAGCCUCUCCUCCUUACCCAACGGUUCAUCCAAUUUCAAUGGCAUAGACAAGCUGCAUGAUUCAGAGACAGUUAUCAAUGGUGGCUACUCCUAUAACAACCAGAACACGUUGCGGAGCAUGAUGGGACGUCACCCCCAGGAUCCAUAUGGGCACAUUCGUCCAUCAGUGUCUGCCCAGGAAAACUUGGCUGACUAUUAUCAGCAUGGUUUUCCGACUCCUGCCUGGCUGCAACCCCAGCCACUCGCUUCCACCCAGCAGUAUCCCUACGGCUAUGACCCAAAUGGCAUAUAUCGCUCCCAGACCUUCCCUGCAGCUACCACUGAGACCCCUCAACUUCCUCAAGCGCCUGCACGAAGCUUGAGUAGUCGAGAAGCUGUCCAGAGGGGAUUGAACUCAUGGCAGCAGCAGAGUGGAAGCAGACCACCAUCCCGUCCACAAGAUGGUGCCCUAGAAAGCCAAAGCCCCAGCAUCUCUAGUGCAAGCCCUCAGCCUAGCCCCUCGCAAACAGCACCCUCCCAAAGUAUCAGCAUCCCUGAAUUCCCCAGGGUGGCAUCCCAGAAGGAGAUAGAGCAGUCAAUUGAGGCUCUCAAUAUGCUAAUGCUUGACCUGGAUCCCACUGUCUCCAUGAUGCACAAAUCCCAGAGUGUACCAGUGGCCUCUAGAGAUGACAAGCCAUGCCCAGUCGCUCUUUCCAUGUCUGCGCAGCCUGUGACUGGUCCUCAAGUGGUGCAGCCAAGGUCGACCAAUGCUUUUGGCCCCAUUCCAGGAAGCCCUACCCACAUCUCUGCUGGCACCAUUGUGACACAGCUGCCUGAACCUCUGCCUAAAACUCACCCCACAAAAUUGUUGCUCCAAAACACUGAAGAACCAGAACACCCAGCACAGGAUUACAGGGAGGCCUACUUAUCCUACAGCUAUCCGAACCAACAGCCAAGUGUAACACAAGUAUGGAGUUAUGGUCAAACUACAGGAAGCCCUCCUACAUCUCCCAGGCCUCAUGUGAUGGCAUACAAGCCAAUGGAAGAGCUGCACCCCUUGCUUGCAUCACCUGUAUCCCCCACAAUGGUGGAAGUCCAGGUACAAGUAAAGGAUGCAGAAAUUGAUGAAGCACCUUCUCGACCCUCCAAAGAAGAGCCUUUGCACCUUGAAGGGCUGGUGGCCCAUAGGGUAGCAGAGUACAACGCCAAACUCCGGGACAUCCGGAAGAGCAUGAAAAGCCCCCAUCCUCCUCUUCACCGGCAGCGGUCCUUCUCCUUUUCUGGAGUGCAGUCACCACGGGAGAAGUCACCAGAAGAAAUUGAAGGCCCUAUGCGGAGACGAACCACCAGUGAAGGCCAGUAUGAGAACAGUCCCCAGGACCCCACUUCGCCACGAAGCCCUACUGUUCGCUCUCCAGUUCACUGUGUCUCACCAGAGGUGGUCAGCACCAUCUCUGCCAAUCCUGGAGGAAGGCCCAAGGAGCCCCAUCUCCACAGUUACAAGGAAGCCUUUGAAGAAAUGCAGGGGACCUCUCCAAGCAGUCCACCGUCUAGUGGUGGUGAGACCUCUCCCCCAACCCCUGCCUUUCCUGUCUCGCCACAAACCCCUUACAGUAACCUGUUGCGUUCUCCACCAGGUCUGGCCAAAACUCCACUCUCAGCACUAGGCCUGAAACCCCACAACCCAGCUGAAAUCUUACUGCAACAGACAGGAGAAGUAGAUGGGGAGACAGUAGUUGAAUCUGGUGAAGAGCCUCGGAGUUAUGUGGAAUCUGUGGCCCGUACAGCAGUAACAGGUGGUGGCGGCAGCAGUAAUGGAAAACCCCAGGCAUCCCCAGCUCCACAGCCUUACAGCACUGAGACACCACUAAAAAAUGGGUCCGUCAGCAACUCCUUCACCUCCCCAAGCCCUGUUGCUGCUAGCAGCCCCAUGCAUAGCACUGAUGGGAUCUCUAUAUGUAGCUACCCUUCAGAGAACAGUACCCACAGCAUGGUCACACCUCAGCCCUCGGCUGAGUCGAGUUUCCAGUCCACCAACCUUUCUCAGGUGCCGUCAGUGCACAGCAGUUACCAAAAUACCUCUUCCUCAAGUCAGGGCCUCCCAGCCUACAUGAGUGCUGACUUUCCUGAAGGCCGAGCCAACUCUCAGCAAGAUAGCUACCCCAGGCCUCAACCCCAAGUCAAUGCAGCUGGUGUUCAUGUCAUGCCAGGAAGCCCCCAAUCACUCCAUAGAACAGUAGCCACAAAUACUCCACCUAGCCCAGGUUUUGGGCGAAGAGCUGUUAACAUCAACAUGGUGGCCACUCCUGGAAGCCCAGGUAUGAACAGGCACUUAAUGGGUACCCAUGGCAAUCUUGUUGCAAUGCCUGGGAGCCCAAGCCUGACUCGGCACCAGCCCAUAAUAGGAGGUACCACAUCUACUGUCUCUGGGAGUCCCAGCUUGGAUCGACAUAUUAUAUAUGGGUACCCAACCCCAGAGGAGAAGCGCCCAACACUGUCCCGCCAAAGCAGUGCCUCAGGUUUCCAAGCCCCCUCUACCCCAUCUUUCCCAGUCUCCCCAGCCUACUACCAUGGAAUUAGCAGCCCACAUUCCUCCUCCCCUGACUCAGCAAUCUACAGGCAGGGCAGUCCCACUCCACCUCAACCAGUGCUCCCAGAGAAGAGAAGGAUGUCAUCAGGAGAUCGGUCAAACAGCCUGCCUAACUAUGCUACAGUGAAUGGCAAGACCUCUUCACCCAUCUCCAGUGGCAUGUCCAGUCCCAGCAGUGGGAGCAGCAUGGCCUUUCAUCACACCCUGCCAGAUUUCUCCAAAUUCUCAAUGCCAGACAGCAGCCCUGAGACCCGAGCUAACGUGAAGUUUGUCCAGGAUACCUCUAAGUACUGGUAUAAGCCAGAGAUCUCCAGAGAACAAGCCAUUACAUUACUGAAAGACAAGGAACCCGGUGCCUUCAUCAUUCGAGACAGCCACUCCUUCCGUGGGGCCUAUGGAUUGGCCAUGAAAGUUGCUUCUCCGCCUCCUGGUGUGGUUCAACAGAGCAAGAAAGGAGAUAUCACCAAUGAGCUGGUAAGACACUUCCUGAUAGAAACCAGCCCCAAAGGUGUGAAAUUAAAAGGAUGCCCCAACGAGCCAAACUUCGGUUGCCUAUCGGCUCUAGUGUACCAGCACUCCAUCAUGCCUCUGGCUUUGCCUUGCAAGCUGGUAGUUCCUGACAGAGAUCCCAUGGAUGAAACGAAAGAGACAACUUCAUCCAGCAACUCAGCAACAGACUUGUUCAAACAGGGAGCAGCCUGCAAUGUACUGUUUAUCAACUCAGUGGAGAUGGAAUCAUUAACGGGUCCGCAGGCCAUCGCCAAAGCUAUCACUGAGACAUUGGUUGCUGACACGCCACCUUCUGCUACUAUUGUCCAUUUCAAAGUUUCAACACAAGGAAUCACCUUAACAGACAACCAGAGAAAGCUCUUUUUCAGACGACAUUAUCCCAUCAACACUGUCACUUUUUGUGAUGUGGAUCCACAGGAAAGAAAGUGGACUAAGUCAGAUGGUGGUGGCACUUCAAGACUCUUUGGCUUUGUGGCCAGGAAGCAAGGCAGCACAACAGACAACGUCUGCCACCUCUUUGCUGAGCUGGAUCCCGAUCAGCCGGCUGCCGCCAUUGUCAACUUUGUCUCCAGGGUCAUGCUCGGCUCCUCUCAGAAGAGAUGAACUGCUGCCUUUCCCCCUACAGGGGGCUUCUUGCCCUUGAAUUUUGAAGAAGGACUUGGAGCUGUUCCGAGAAGGAGUGUGAGAAAGUGUAUUGUGAGAGAGGGAAGUGAACUGAUGGGGGAAAAAGGAAAAGAAAAAGUCUGAAUUGUUGGAAGGCCCAAACCAUCCAAACGUACGUACAGAAACCAAGGAACUGACACCGUCACCUUUCCUGCCAAGUUCAAGAGGUGGAGACAAUUUUGGAUCAGCAUGAAAUCAGAGAAUUCAGCCCCACAGGCCAAAGCACGGAUCUUAUUAACCUAUAUGGGGUGGGAAUAUAUAGUAGUUGCUUGUUUAGAAAAUAAGGCAAACAAACAAAAAAAAACCAUGAGUAACUGAGUUGCUGGAAUCAUACUGAGAGACAUACCAAACAAGCAAUCAUUGAUAUACAUUUCCAAGAGUAAUGGCUCCCAACUCUUUAACUGCUGAAUGAAUGAAGUAUAUUUGUGCGCAAGUCUGUGUGUGUGUGUGUGUGUGUUUGUGUGUGGUCUAUGCAUUUUGUGUGAUAUGCACAUGUCUUCAUGCAUAUCUGUGGAAAUCUGCAGUUUAGGGUUGUGACUCUACUGGAUGUCAAGUGGUUAUUCAGAACUUCAUCUACCAUUUACCCAGGUUCUUCUCUUCUUCCAGUGGCAAAGGGCCUCCAUCACCACAGUUAGAGGAGAAGUCCCAUGAGUAGUUACUACUAGACCAAGAUCUACUUACAGGUGGGAAGUUCUCAUUUUAUCCAGUAGAAUGACACACACACAUGCACACCCCAUACACAUUCACAUGUAGGUAGGCAUAUAAAGUUGCACACAGAGUUACACAGCAGGGAGGCUCUCCUUCGCUAAUUUCAGGAGCAUGCUAGCCAAAACAAAAUAAUAUUUUCUGGUCUCUAUGCAAUGAGGUCCAUGGCUGGUCAAAAAAGCUGUCCCAAGACUUCCUGCCACUAAAAUUUUAAAAUACCAGCAGUUUGGGAAUGCCAUUUCUUUUCUGUAUAAGGGGAAAGUGGCCCUGCCUAGGUUUAUUCCUUCUCCUUUUGGAGACAUGCACGUGAUUUUGUAAGUUGCAUGGAAAUUAUUCAGUUGCACAAAAGGCAAGAUGAAUGAUUUGAUAAUGGGGAGGGGGGAUUUUUGUUUUGAAGCCAUUAUUAUUAUUUUUUUUUAAAGAGUAAGUUGGAGUAAGUUUUGGCUUAAGCAUGGCCAUAGCUGUUCCAAAAACUAUUGGCCCACUAGAGGUUCAGCAUUCAAUAUGUAGCAAGAUUAGUUCAUGAUUUUAACUUCCUUAAGCUUUGCUUCUCCUUCUGGAGGCACUGUGUACCAGUUAUUACACAGACCUGAUAACUUUCUGCUGGCAGUGUUGUCCUUGGUAUACAUUUGGUGUGGAAAAGGAGGCAGUUCCUCUACCUUGCAAAUCAUGUCAUGCAUUCGUUUUUAUUUCCCCAGCAAAUGAGGUGGUGUAGCUGGAGCAGCCGCAGAGGAACUGUGUAUUUUUGUAACAUCACAGAUUAGUCCUUCCUCUAGCAUGACUUCUGGCAUUCCUAAUUGGAGCCAUGAGAGCGAUACCUAGUGGCUCUGGGGAUCAUUGUCUGUGAGAGACUGAAUUGUCAAAAGACCUUUGCUUGGCUGCAGAGGGAUCUUUACAUACAGUUUCUACAGCUCUGUCAGAGCUUCUCAUUAUCCUCUCACGCAUCUGCUUUUGGCAAAUCCCUGAGACAAACUUGUGUACCGAAUGGACAAUAAGCUGUUGCCAUGUGUCAGAUCCUAUUGGCUUAUUACGAAUUCUUCAAUCUCUACUUAAAUUAGAGACAAGGCCCAUGCUGAAAGCAAGUCACUAUUGGCUUGCCAUGUUAGCUGGUCCAAUGGGGACUGGCUUCUUAAGAGAGAAGCCUACAUGGCAACAGUGCAAUAUGGAACUCGAGAGCUGUAAGUUGUACAUGUCUUCUGUUGAUAACUGAAUGGGACUCAUCACACACUCUUGAGUAUGUUGGGCUAGUACCCUACAGCAGAGCUCAAGAGCCUCCAUUAAAAAUCAGUAAUGAUAAGCCAUCUUCCCUGAAAUGCCAUCUUGGUUUCUGAUAAAAAGAAAGCUCAGAUUGGAGUGUGGGGGGAUCUUUAGUGCGUUGAUGAGACACUUCAGUAUAAAACACUCACUAAAAGUCCAGAUAUAAACUUCAAGUCAUGCAGUCACCUAAAGUCCCCUAGAGAGUGCGGCUCUCUCAUUGCCUUGAUAAUAUAUAUAUAUAAAUAUGUAUUUAUGUAUGUAUGUAUGAAAUAUACUGACAAAAUAAUGUAAGCUAAUCAAAAUUUUAAAAGGUUAAAUUUACACAAAAAGUAUUUAUUUUUGCCAUAUUGCUUUUAUUUCUUUUAGAUCCUUGAAUAUUUGUACCACCAUUCCUCCCCUCCCAAUCAUCCCCCCCACCCCCAUGUAUAGAUUCCUGUAUGUAUACUUCAGCGCAGUUUGCUUUGUUGGUUAGUAUUAGUGGGCAAGGUUCCAGAAGGUGAUAUCAAACCCACCCCUUGAAGCCAUGUAUUUUGAUAUUUGAUCCAGAAGGCAAUGCCACAUGGCAUUUCUCAUCCCCCCCCCCACCUCGUUUAUAGCAAUCUGCCUGAGCUAGUGAGCAUGUAUGAAUUUUAUUUCAUUACUGAGUGGUGCAAGGGUUAGCGGCGUGUGUAUGUGCGAAAGUAUGCUGAGAGAGACUCAUUUCUGGAUCCUGUAUAAAGCAUGAGUUUUGCGUUCGAGAGCUGCUGUUGAGACAGGCACUUGGAUGGAGUGGGAGCGUCAGUUUUUGGUGUUAUCAUCCAGGCUCUGCAUCCUCACCCCCAAUCCAGUGGGAUGCUGAAGACUGGGGUAGCUUAUUCUUUAUGUUGGUUACAAAUAUUUCCCUCCUUCUGCAAAAUUCAAGCAAGAUGAUUCCCCUCCCUCGCCUGCAACUGUCUCACCCUGCCAUUAACCAAUUAGAGAAACACUGUGUCUAUAGAUAUAUAAAUAUUAUAAAUAUAUAUAUUUUUUGAAAGUUUCUAUUUUUCAGACUUCAUUUUUUCACUGCUUUCAAAAAUUGCAAUCCCCCCUUCAAUAUUUGCUAUCUUACCACAAAGAGUGGUACUGAAAUAUUAUGGUUCAUUUUUAUUUUGCCAUUUAAAAGAAUUAACCUUAAUAUAAAGCACCUAGCAAUCACCUGUCAAUAAGGAUCAUCAGGGUAGGCACAGACAAGUCAGCAGACUUAGCUGCUUCCAGAUGUGACCAGCUCACAGCUCCUUUACUAACUCACUAGCUGAAGAUGGAAAGUUUAAGGCUCACUUGCUGAUCAUGACUUUUUAUUAUUUAAAAGAACAAAACUAAUCACAGUAUGUAACUUGUUGCUUUUCCAGCUUGCAUUCAAGACAAAGCCUGCAUUUUAGGAGUAAAUGUUACAUUUAUCAUCCCAGAGUUACUUAGAUCAGUUCCAAAGCUCCUCCAGUGUGUAAUUUGGAGCCAGGAAUCUGAAAAAGUUGUAUGAGGCAGAUAACCGAAAGAGGCACAAGCAGUUGGCUUGAGGCAAUGAGGGCUCCAUCUAGACCUUCCACUUCCUUUGUGUAUCUUGAUUGGGCCUGAAAGGUAAAAACUUUUUUCACCUACCCCUUCCUUUUUGCAGCAGGCCAUGAGCCUCUUCAUUUGUGCACAGAAUCCCCAAGCAGGAAUGUCAACCAGCGGCAGGUUAGAAUCUCAGCUCAAUCCUCCUGUCCAUUAUUUAUGCACUGUCAGCUUGGUAUUGAUAUGAUAGGACAGAGCUUGCAAACGUGGGAAGGCAACUAAUUUAUGAAGCACCACCACAACUGCUCUCACAAUUCUGGGGCUGAUUAUAUUGUCCUGCCUUUCCUCCUCCCUAUCAUCUCUACAUUGGAGGUGGGUGGAGGCUGUUAAGCCAAACGCUGUUGUUUAACCGUGCAUCCAUCUAGCCACUUGCCCAGGAUGUAAGCACUACUGGCUGGCUUUUAAAGGUUUUUUUUUAAUUUCUUCAUUGACUUGCUGUAGCCCAGGCAAGACACACACACAUACCACUCUAGACCCCUGUGCCUGAGGAGCUGCUACAGUCCCCUAACAAACUUGUGCCCUUUUUUAAAAGACGACAAGAGAAGGGUUUUUUUUUUUUCAUUUUAAAAACACAGCCUCAUUUCUGAUCCCUGGGACUGAUGUCUAAAUGUAGUUUUCUCCCAUGUAUGCAAUGUAAUACUAAUAAUUCUACUCUUUCAAUAGAAGGUAUCCUAUUUUAUACAUUUGCACACACCCUCCUGUGCACAAAGAACUGCAUAAUAUUGCCAAAGAUACCUGUUUGAAAUGCACUUUCCUCUAACUGUUGGUUGUACAUUUAUUGUAUGUGCCUCUUUUAUUUCGUUUUAAAAUCUUGUUGCUGGUAA